AUGGGUAUCCUCGACAAAAUUGAAGACAAGCUUGGCGGCAAUAAGCAUGGUAACACAACAGACAAGCACGGCAAUACAACCGACAAGCCAUUGUACAGCAGCAAUGAGCGCAAGAGUCUGGAGCAUCAAGCGGGAACGCAUGGCCAUGGAACUUCUGGUAGCAGCACCCUCCCUGGUCAGACAUCCUCUUCAGGCUAUGGCACAUCAGGUUCUGGCUUGACCGGCACUGGUGCAACUUCUGGCACAGGAGCUGGUGCGGCCUCAGGUCUCUACAACUCCUCUACCAGCGGGACAUCUGGCCAGCAAUAUGGCAGUUCGACCACGGGCAGCUCAACUACCGGUAGCAGAGCUCAAGAACUACGCCACCCUGUUCAAACAGGCAUGACCGGUACCGCGCUUGGCCAGCCUGGUCAGUACUCGAGCAGCACCAUGGGCAGCGGAUAUGGCAGCGGCUCUACCAAUGUAGACAACGAUGGCUACGGAUCAAGCGCGACUUCAGGUGGAUACAAGACCCAUCCAGUCGAAGCCGUGGACCCACACAGCACUAAGGGCCAGAAUGCCAUGUACCAUGCUUCAUCUGGCGGUUCAAACACCGGCUAUGGCACUUCCACCAAUGACUACGGAAUUCCAGGGCGUGCAUCCACAGACGACGUUGACAGAUCGCGUCACGGUGGUGUGACAAACUCCGUGAGCUCAAGCGGAAACGAUCACACUGGUGGGGAUUACAACCUCCAAAACCCGAGCGCGAUUCCCACUGCUGGUGGUCAAAAGGUUGGUGGCGUAGGUGAGAAUGAAGGCCAUCGUGACCACCAUCUUGGUAGGGACGCAGCAGGAGUGGCAGGUGCUGGUGCACUUGGUACUGGAGCUUAUGAGGCGGAGCGAAAGCAUCAUCAUGGACAAGAUAGCUCUCGCGUCACUGGCGGAGACAACUACGGUAGCUCUGGUCUCUCAAACACCACGGGCACUGGCCGUGAUCAUCACUACGGCAGGGAUGCAGCAGUAGGUGCAGGAGCACUCGGCACCGCCGGUGCGUACGAGGAGCAUAAGCAUCGAGACCGUGACGAGACUGGGCACCAUCUUGGUAGCAAGCAUCACAACGAGCACUCUUCUAGUGGUCGUGAUCAGCUCCCACAACCCAGCUCCUAUCCCGACAUGUACAACUCGGGUGAGAGCCGCCAUGACCAGUACAGCUCUGGUAACACGGGUCUUGGCUCCGGCAACAAAGAUCACCACUACGGCAGAGAUGCUGCGGUCGCGGGUACGGGCGCACUGGGCGCCGGUGAAUACGAGAGGAGACAGCAUGACCGCGACAACGUGAGGGACGACAAGUACGAUGAGAAGAAUUCGUCAUCCAGCGGCGGAGUCGCUUCGACCAUCAAGAACAAGCUUGGCAUGGGCUCCAGCAACACCAACACAGACAAUGGGAGCUCGUCGCGAGGGAAUGAGUACGGUAGCACGUCGCGCGGGAAUGAACACAGCAGCUUGUCGCGUGGAAAUGAGCUUGGUAGCUCGCAUCACCACCAUGACGAGGAGAAGGAUAUCGAAGAGAGGCUUGAGGAGAUUAGACUCAAUCGCCGCCUCAAGGAGAUCCGUGGUGGGAGGCAGGUGUAA